UGUUGGCCUCUCUAGCAGGGGGAAUCGCCGGCAGCCCUGGGGAAGGAAAGAUGCGGAGGAAACUCGCUUUGCAGGAGGCCCCAGCCAAUGUCAACAGGAAAUCUCUAUCUCUGUGCCUGAGGGCGGUGACAUGCAACACCCCCUUAACAUCUCGGAGCGCUUUGCCACGCUGUACUGGUCCCCCGCUUUGGCUGGGACAUGGAUGAAGAUAGCCGUCAUCCAUUCUGGGAAAUCAAACCCUUACAACAGCUCCUUCGCCAGGCACAUCUCCGUGUCCAAGGGACGGUUCAUUGUGACGAACGCCAGCAAAGCCAUUGCAGGGAAUUUGAAGAUUGUGCAUGAGAUCGAUGAAAGGGAGUGUCUGGCUUCCAUCCGUCUGAAUGUAGCAGAGCCCGCGCCAACCUCAGCUCCGGCCUCCCUGGCCAGGGACGAUCGCCUCAACAGGACGGCAGCGGGGGAGCCGGGAUCUCAGUCCAGCUAUAUUGUAGCGGUGGUGGUGGGGACAAUGGUGGCCUUACUGGUGUUGGUGUUGGCACUAGGGCUAUGGCAGAGAAAUAAUAUUGCUCACCACAUACGCUGGUUCAGCAGCCAUCUUGGCUUCCCUGCCAGAGCCACCCCGUCCCAACAGGCUGGCGACGCAGGCCCCAUGCAGGAGCUGAUGCAGACGGAGGACGCCAGCGGUGGGGACCGGUCGGCUGUGCCGAAUGGGGAACUUCUCGGCAGCGCUGAAAUGCUAAACGCUGGGGGACUGGAGAGUGAUGAACCGCCCCCCCUCCAAUCCUUCAACAUCCGGUCAAUGUGCAGCGGCAGUCAAAAAAGCGAACAGAGCGUUGGGCCUCAUUAAGAAAGGGACAGAAAAUAAGACAGAAAAUAUCAUGUUGCCACUACAUAAAGCCUUGGCACCCCCACGUCAUGAAUACUGGGUGCAGAUGCGGUCGCCCCAUCUCAAAAAAGAUGCCUUGUAACUGGAAAAGGUACAGCUGUAGAGCUGAAGAAUGAAAUUGUUUCUUUUUACUUCGAUUGAAGUACUAUUAUUAUGAAGCCUUUAUUAAUAUGUCUUUAUUUUGUAUCAAAUGAACAACCAGAACUUC